ACACUAAUUGUAUUUCCGAACUGUAACAAACCGCAAACUUCUGCUAAGUUCAUAUUGAUGUUCUUUUAAUUUCCUCUUCAAAAAAUUGACACAACAAAAUGUCUAAGAGAGGACGUGGUGGUUCCGCGGGAGCGAAGUUCCGUAUCUCACUGGGUCUCCCAGUGGGUGCUGUUAUUAACUGCGCAGAUAACACAGGUGCAAAAAACCUGUAUGUCAUCGCUGUGCAAGGUAUCAAGGGUCGCCUGAACAGGCUGCCAGCUGCCGGAUCAGGUGACAUGAUCGUAGCCACUGUCAAGAAGGGUAAACCUGAACUUAGGAAAAAGGUUAUGCCUGCAGUGGUUAUCAGGCAGCGGAAACCGUUCAGGAGGCGUGACGGGGUGUUCAUAUACUUUGAAGACAACGCAGGCGUUAUAGUAAACAACAAGGGAGAAAUGAAAGGAUCAGCCAUCACUGGCCCCGUAGCUAAGGAGUGUGCGGAUCUCUGGCCUCGUAUUGCUUCCAACGCGAGCUCUAUAGCUUGAAAUUAAUAUACGUCUAAACAAAUA